AUGGGAACGAAAAGGCCUAGAAGUAUUAAUUUAGAAAAAGCCGAAACAAUCAAUGUUGGUGUUAUAGUUGAAGAUGGAGCCAUAAGGUUGGAGAAAAAGAUAAUUAGUUUGGAAGAAAAGGUGGAUGAUAUGGUUCGUCGCAUGGCCUAUGUGGAUUCGAAGAUAGAUAGGUUGUUUGAGUUGAUUAAUUCUCUUAUAGAGGCAAAACAUUCAAAAGAGGAUCCCGAAUCUCGUGAAAAAACAGGUGCCGGCGCUAAAAAAUUUCGUCAUAAUUUUGAAUUGGAUGCCUCUCCGAGUGGAAUGGGUGGAAUGGGUAGAAAAAAAUCACCUGAGGUGCACAUAGUGUUAAGUGAUUCAUCUGAAGAAGUUUCUUCCAAACGUAUGAGUCCGAAAAAUGAUACAAAGAGUCCCUUGAAGAGUAAGGGUGUUGAAGAGGAUUUUAGUAAGGAAGAGAAGAAUGUUUUGAAGUACAUCUUCGAUGUGAACCACAGUCCUGAUGAAAAGAUCGUGGAGAUGUCAGGAGAAUUUGGAGAAAGAACACGGUUAACAGAACUACAGACUUCAAACUGGCUAAGUGCAGAAAUUUUAAAUCUAUACGCCUGUAUGCUGAGGUGGGAUAAUCGAAAUGAUGCCUCUAAACUAUCAGCGGAAAAUUGGUUUAUGCCAACCUAUGUCUCGCAAUACAUUACUGAAAUGAAAAAUGGUUGUGAUGCUGGUCGCAUAUAUCGUUAUUUCUUGCGUGAAGAUAAAUAUGGAGGGGAUAUUAAAAUAUGUGAAAAGAUCUUCAUUCCAAGCAAUCCUGGAGGUCAUUGGUACUUGUGUGUAGUGUACAUAAUUAGACAGGAGGUUCUGAUAUUGGACUCACUUAGGCCAAAAAAUUGCAGUAAACGUAUUUCAAGUGUCAAAGUUGUGCUCAAGUAUUUCCAUGAGGCUUUAGAGAUUGGAUGUGGUUCAACUUAUAGGGUCAAUAUUUCUAAAUUUCCUACGAAAAUCGCACAAUGGGCACCACAGCAAAAGAAUCUUUAUGAUUGUGGAUUAUUCACAAUAAGAUUCAUGCAACUAUAUGACGAGCUACGGGCCGGGAUGCAUUUCAGCAUUAAAAACUCACAUUUGGAGAAAAGGAAAAUUGCUAUUGAGAUAUUCUACCAUGAAGCAAAUGAAGCCAAGGAAGAGAUACUUAGAAAAAUAGCGCACUCUUCGAAAGAUGAAGUGUUGGUUUGGUCAUCCUGCUCUGUUGUCUUAAUUUCUUCAUCAGUUACUAUUAUGGGUUAUAAGCCGACUGAACAAUUGAAUAAUAGACAUUCGAUCGGGUGUAGGAAGACCGAGAAUAACGGUUAUAGGGCGGCGGUGGUGGCAGUGCAAGGGGUGAGUGCAGCCAUGGUCAGCGGGGCUUCGGUGCUUGUGACGAUGCCGCUCGACACGAUUAAAACGAGGCUUCAGGUUUUGGACAGAGGAGAACCGUGUGGGGGGAAAGGGAAAUCGAUGACGGUUAUGCAAACGGUGGGGGAUUUGGUGAGGGAAGGGGGUUUGGGGGCCCGUUAUAGGGGACUCUGGCCCAGAUGGGCCUCGAUGUCGAUGUCAGCCACGACAAUGAUCACGACAUACGAGUUUCUCAAGCGGCUGUCGACCAAGAGUUCGGAGAGGUUCACUGCUAUCAAUUGCGUUUGUAUGAGCUUAAAGUUGUCUCAGUUCAUAUGUACUGCUUGUGUUUUUUUGGCUCUGGUUUUCUUGAGUGGAUUAGGUUCACUGCUAUCAAGUGCGUUUGUAUGA